CACGCUUUGUUUUCUGUAAAAACAUAAUAGAAAUGGAUUUGGUAGAUAAUGAUAUUAGGCAGUGGGAUGCCAAAGAUGUGAAGGAACAAUUUGGUGAUAGUUUAACGUUACUUCCAUCAAAUGAUAACAUCAAAGAACUGCAAACUAUACUCAGAGACAAAAAUACAACUCGAAGCGACUUUAAGUUUUAUGCAGAUCGUUUAAUCCGACUUGUUAUUGAGGAGAGCUUAAACAAGUUACCAUUCACUGAUUGUGAGGUAGUCACACCUACGGGGGCAAUAUAUAAGGGUUUGAAGUAUGGAGCAGGGAAUUGUGGAGUCUCAAUUGUCAGAUCAGGAGAAGCGAUGGAACAGGGCCUCCGCGACUGUUGCCGUUCAAUCCGCAUUGGUAAGAUUCUGGUCGAAAGCGACACGGACACACAUGAGGCGCAUGUUGUGUACGCGAAGUUCCCUGAGGACAUUGCGCGAAGGCAGGUGCUGCUCAUGUACCCGAUUAUGUCCACUGGCAACACUGUUAAGCAGGCCGUGAAUGUCCUAACACAACACGGUGUUAAAGAGGAACGUAUUAUUCUAUCAAAUCUGUUCUGCACUCCGGCCGCGGUUCAGGCGGUAGUAGAUUAUGUACCAAAGAUGAAGAUUCUGACGUCAGAACUACACCCCGUAGCACCAAAUCACUUUGGGCAGAAAUACUUCGGGACCGACUGAUACGACGACGAAUUUGAUAUGUAAUUUACAUACCAUGCAGAGAAAUAUAGGUAUAAUCUAUUAAUUACGUCACAAAUGAAUGUAAUAAGAUGAAUUUGUAGCCAAAUUAAUGAAAUCAGGCAGUUAUUGUGUAUGUG